ACCUUAGCGGCGCCACUUUCGUUGGAUGCCGCCAAAUCCAUUUAGCGCACAAAAAAUACCGACAUCACCGCGUCCGCUGAACUACAUUGAAAUGGAUCUGAGAAAAAAGAUCUUGCAAACUUCCACCGGCAAACAAUUAUCCGAGUAUCAGUUAAAUUUACUGACCAAAAACAAUAUCGAGACUGAGCUCGACUUCUACAAUGCGAAGGACCAGAAGCUGCACAAGCUGCUGGCCAUCAAACUGGAGUCAGUACUUGAGCUAAAGAAGCAGCUGGCGCAGCAGGCAUGGGUUUCGGAUACAUUUUUGGAAACUGUUGACGAGUGGGACUUCGGAACGGGCAUAGAAGAAUUGGACAAUCUCUUGGACUCCAUUGCACAGCCGUUCAGGCGAGGCAGAGUCUGGGAGUUGUGUGGCCAGACUGGUGUGGGAAAGACCCACCUACUGUACACCUUGGCUCUAAAUUUUGUAUGGAAACACAAGCGGCAAGUGCUUUUCAUCGAUACCAAGCAAGACUUCUCCACCGAAAGGAUACAAGACAUGCUGCUGGAGCGUAAAGUUGAUCAGGAGACAAGUGUGAAGGCAAUGGAGCGCAUUCAGGUGGUCGAUGUCCCCACACCAGAGGAGCUGAUUGACGUGCUAAAAGCCCUCGAUCAGCAAAUGACCGACGACGUCCAGACUGCACUACAAACAAAAGUCGUUUUGGUCGACUCCCUGGCCGCCUGCUUUGUUGAUCAUCGCGGGAGCGAUAUGCGAAUGAUGAGGAACUCUCUGCUGACGGAGGUUGCGUGCAGAGUGAGGAAGUUAGCUGUGAGGGGCGUGGCUUUUGUCAUCGGCAACAUAUCGUUCUCUGGUCAGGAUGCAGAUUGUUCUGACGAUGACGACAUCGUCAUGGAGGAGGAUGGCAACAGUGAUAGUGAGCAGUCUACCCGGCAGCAGAUUGAACCAAUGCUAGGCGCCUAUUGGAGUUCAGUGUGUACGCUGAGAUUGUCACUGGAGCUACCAGAGAGUACAGACUGCGGCGACAGCUACGAUGGCAUUGGAGACAUAGACAGCCAGGACGACGGCCUCCGAAUGGUAAAUGUAUUGACGAACAGCUAUGGUCCCGUAGGAGACACUUGCUUGCUGCAGAUCACAGAUGCUGGGCUAGUUUAACGACGGGCGGAUGGAUGUUGCUGCUGGUACGACUUCAUAACCCGUUUUCCUGGCUCUAAGCCAUCGCCCAGGCCGGGACGCUUGCGAGUGUUGGAAUUUCCAGGAUCCUUAACCGUCUGCACGGUUUGGACUGGCGGCUCAAAACUAUUUUUAGGGGCUUCGGUCGAUUCGGUCAUCGCCAAAUCUGAGUCAUGAGCGUAUUGGCAGCUGGUUCCAAAACGACAUCGUCCUUUCCUAAAGUUCCAGCAAAUCUUGCGUCCAUUUUUCAGCUGCAAAUGGGUGUCGUUGUUGACCAUUUUAACAUGCCGCUCCAGGGACGCUGUCUUGUGCAGCUCUGCCUCUAGAAAUGGAUUGGAGAACACCUCGCCCGUCUUCUUCCCUCCUGCGUUGCCCAGCGCCUGGUUCGCGCUCGGCAGCUUUGGUGUCGUCUUUUCGGUUGUCGGCGGCCUGUGUACGAGGUUUUGGUUACUUAUUUUCAUCAUGAUGGGAUCAUCGAAUGUGCUUACCCAUGUAUCUCUUCGGUUUCGGAUUCUUUGCUGCUGCUAUCGUCGUCGGACUCUGAGGAAUCGCUAUAAUCUGCCACAAGCGACAUUGUUUACGUUUUUUGUUGACCAGAAUGAACACUGUUCGUUCGAAUGAACCUGAACCAUGGUAUAACUGAUAGGGUAGGGUAGCGAUUAGAGUACCCUUACUAUUAAAUAGGAAAAGGGUAUAUUAAUUUGAUACAAGUUAAGAAUGAUUUUAAAACGAGUGUAAAUAGGUAUUUUUCUUGGAGAGUAACAAAUCAAACAGUUUGGGCAUCUUUCAUUUUUAAUGAAUCUUUAAUGCUUCAUUCCAUAAUAUAUAUAAUCACUUUAUGCAUGCUCUAGUUAGGUUGGGUGUUUGUGUAUAUAUGUAUAUAAACUAGUCUCUAAUUAUUUA